CUUGGUUACAUCAGAGUUCGCCGCUGCGACGGUCCUCAUCACUUACGGAGCGGUCCUGGGAAAAGUGAGCCGCCUGCAACUGCUGGUCAUUGGUAUCCUAGAAGUGGUAUUUUACGCCAUCAACGAGCUGAUCGCCGUUGAGUUCCUGAAGUAUUCUGAUGCUGGAGGGUCCAUAAUCAUUCACGCCUUUGGGGCGUACUUCGGGCUUGCCCUGUCCCGGGUGUUGCACGACAAAAAAGCCUUGGACAGUCCCAAGGAAGCAUCAGUUUACCAUUCUGAUCUCUUCGCGAUGAUUGGUACUGUUUUCCUGUGGAUGUACUGGCCAAGUUUCAACGCUGCCUUGGUGGCUCCUGAUUACGUUGCACAACACCGUUCCGUCAUCAACACGUACUUCUCAUUGGCUGCUGCUUGUGUGACCACAUUCGCACUCUCCCCGCUCUUCCAGAGGGAAGGAACAAAAUGGAGAUUGAGCAUGGUUCAUGUUCAAAAUGCUACCCUUGCUGGUGGUGUUGCCGUGGGAACAGCGUCGAAUAUGUCAAUCAGUCCUUGGGGAGCUCUUUUGAUUGGUUGCUGUGCUGGAGCACUGAGCACUGUGGGAUACGCAUACUUGACACCGUUCUUGACCAAAUACACCAAGACCCAUGACACGUGUGGUGUACACAACCUGCACGGAAUGCCGGGAAUCCUUGGUGGUAUCGCAGGCGCUGUUGCUGCUGCGCAUGCGGAUGUUAACAAAUAUGGAUACGAUGGCUUAUUCAAUCUGUGGGGUGCGCGUGCUCCAAAGAUGAAUUCCACUGAGUACAAUAAGUUGGUUGGCAUGGGCGUGGCGUUUGAUGCAGGAGAUGGCCGCUCAGCCAAAGCUCAGGCUGGUUACCAGAUCGCCGGUUUAGCUGUCGCUCUUGGAAUUGCUGUCAUUGGGGGGAUUGUGACUGGUUUCAUUGUGAGGUGGAAAAUCUUUGAUCCACCCUCUAGAGAACAGAUGUACGAUGAUGAAGAUUACUGGGAGGUCCCCACUGAAGAUGGAAGCGAAGAUGUGGAGACCGGCAACGGUUUAGCCCUCGAGAAGGAAGCUAAACUGUAAGCUUCUAAGCACUGAAAUGAAAGCCCUUUCGGCCGCUGUAUUUUUUUUCUUUUUAUACUACAUCUGAUGAAUCGCUAGCUAAGUUUCAAGCUGGGGUAGGAAACAUGCUCAUGAUUUAUAAUUCUUGUAAACGACGUUAAUUUUUAUGCCAGUGCUCUCGGGAAGCGAAAAAACGUGUUCUGAUUUUAACACGAUCAAAAUAAAAUCUGCAGUAAUUCGGAAAACG